AUGACCGACCAAAUCACAAUCGACGCGGUGAACAUCCAAUGGGGCCGGCCAUUCGGCUUACCCCUGUGCUUCAAGACACCCUCACGUCGCACCCUGGCACGUCGGCCCUAUCUGAUCGGCAUGCUGCAGGGCCGUCCUCCAAUCUGCGCCGCGGAAUCUGACAUCAAUCUCCUCGAUCGCCGUUCGAAUCCGCCAGUUCCUUCUGGAACAGGACCCUGA